AUGGCCGUCAAACCCCUCCACCGCCUCCAAACAUCCUACCAACAAUCCAUCAGCCCAAUCUACAUCCAACGCCUCUGCACCUCCUGGCUCCUCUUCCCCAUAGCCCUCGCCACCCUUCGCGCGCUCCUCGCCCUCUACAUCUUCACAACCAUCUUCACGGUCUUCGGGCUCAAUGACGCCCGCGGAAACUCCGAAGACACAGAGCAUGACUUCUCCUACUUCACUUUCCUUUCGUACUGGGGAUUGGCUUUUUACUUCGCCUUCGCGGCCGCGCACACGGCUUCUUAUGCGCUGAGAGGACGGGCGUGGUUGGAGGGAUGGCCUGCUUGGUUGCGAUGGGCGCAUAGUGCGCUGUAUGUUACUGUAACCGUCUAUCCGUUCGUGGUGACAGUCGUCUUCUGGGCCGUCCUCGCCUCAGGCGCCUUCCGCUCGCCCUUCACCACCUGGUCCAACACCUCCGAGCACGCGCUCAACUCCGUCUUCGCCUUCGCGGAGAUUGUGCUGCCCUGCUCCGAGCCGCAUCCGUGGAUUCAAACGGCGCCGAUUGUGGUUGUCGCGGCGCUGUAUUUGGCGCUCGCGUAUGUGACGCAGGCGUCGGAGGGGUUUUAUGUGUAUUACUUUUUGAAUCCGGCGCAUGGAAGGGGUUUGGUUGCUGGUGCUUGUAUUGGGAUUUUGGCGGCGAUGAUUAUUUUCUUUGUGGUUGUGAGAUACUUGAUUCUAUUACGGAUGUGGAUUACGGAGAAGAAGUUUGGAAUGACUGGGAAAUUGUCGAAGAGUGCGAUCAAGCGUUCUACCGUGGUGGAAGACGGCCACGGCGAGGCUAUGAGCGAACUGUCCAAGACUGGAGUACGGACUGUUGAGCAGGCCUAG